AUUUUGGAUUACAUAGACAAAAUACCUUACGUUAGUAUCAGUCCACAUGGUCAAGAUGGAAGGUCGUCCACGUAGAGAUGAUGACUGUGGAGAUCCAGAAUAUAAUCUAGCACGGGAAAGACAAUCGGUAAGCGACAGCGAUUCCUCGGAAUCUGAAGAAGAAGUUAACUAUUCGACUGAAAGAGGGAGAAGUGACUGCGGAAUAGCAGUACGAGGAUCGUCUGCAGGUCGGUCUCGUGAACGAGGAAGGUCAGUAGUCAGUGUGCCGUCGUCGUCAAGAUCCCUUAAAAAAGUAUGGUUGGAACAGCAAUUUCAAACAAAAACACUCAAUAUAUUAGAGCCGUCUUAUGUGCCAAAUGAUACCGAACAAUAUUCUAAAGUUAAUUAUUUGAAGCAGUACUUUGAUGAGGAAUUGUAUACAAUUUUCGUGGAAAAGACAAAAGAAUUAUUUAGAAUUUAAGGAGAAGGCUGUGAUUAGAUUUAUUAUAUGAGUACUAUGAUGGAUCUCUGUGAAGACUGUGUGGCGACAUCUAUCGCGCGAAAUACGAACGACUACAAACUACGUAAUUAGAGAAAACUA